UGUGAAUUGAACAUCUGGAAUUGGAUCAGUCUUGAUCAGAAUAGCUGAGCCUUUUACAGUUGAACAUUGUCACCAUAUUGGUAUUUCUGUGUACAGUGUUCUCCUGGUUCUGCUCAUUUUGCUUUGCAUCAAUCCAUCUGCUCAAUUUUACUUUGCAUCAAUAAAUGCAAUUCAGUUGCAUUUACUCAUCAAUAAAACUUCCCAGAUUUUUUUGAAACCAUCCCCCUCAUUUUAUAGCACAAUAGUUAUUUCAUUGUAAUCAUUUAUCACAACCUGUUUAGCCAUUUCUCAAUUGAUGGACAUCCCCUAAUUUCCAAUUCUUUGCCACCAUCAGUGAAUCUCCAGAGAGGAAAGACUACUAAGUCAUGGAGAUAGUAGAGGCUGGAAGUCUCAGUGGAGAACAGGGAGUAUUUCAAGUUCAGGAGUGGAUAAUAGCGGAGGAGCAACUAAACAACUAAAUAAAAAUGCAACCAAAUGCUCGAAAAAGUUGCUAGAACUGUCAUCCAUCUGGAGGGAGCCAAGUAUCAACGAAUGCAAGAAGAUGACGGAAAAGAAAAAAAAUUUGAUAUGAAACUAAGUUUGCCACCUAUGGAGCAGACAUUCCUAAGGGUACAAUAGGAGAGCAAGAUACCAAUAUUCUAGAGGUUUGGUCUCUGUAUGGAGUCAUCUCAGAAUAUUAGGCAACAGUGUGCAGUUGGGAAAGUGGAAGGGGCAAAGAGAAUUUCCCCUUCCUCCCCUCAGGGUCAGAUAGGAGACUGGUGCAGGAAUUGAUUCACCUACUUCCCCACAGAUCCACUUAGAGAAUUUAGAGUGGUAAGGGACCUUAGAUUUGAUUUAGUUCCAAUUAUCUUAUUUUACAGAUGGGGAAACUGAAGCCUGGAGAAAUGAAAUUACUUAUCCAUUUUCACGUGGGUAAGUAAUAGUGGCAGACUAUUCUUUCAAAUUCAGGACUCUUAACCACUUUAUCACAUUGCUUCACAAUAUUUGGAAUGCCCUUUGUUACUAUUACCAGAAAAAUAAUUUCUCUUGGAUGAAACUCUGAAGCAGAGCUGGUCUUGCCCAUAACCCUGCAUACCACAGGAACUAGAAAGUUUUUGGUAAUACUAUUGAUACGGCUUAGCUCUUACCUAAUUCUGAAACUAAUAUUUUUUCCACUUUCCAAUUAGACCCAAUUUUCAUGUUGUUUGCAUAUUAUUUUAGCUCCCUAGUCAGCCAAGGUAACAAGGAGUGCUCCUGAAUUUUAUCUAUUUCUUCUAUAUUUCAAAUGAUUUCCUAUCCCCCUUUUCUCUAUUCUCUUUGCCUUCUAGAAAGAAGGCAAUCCUAUUACUAAAAAAAAAAAAAAAAAAAAAAAAAAUUAAAAACAAUCAAACCAACCUUCUUUUCCCCCUUUUCUCCCUUCUGCUGUUCCUGGUGGGUGGGAGCACUCAGAAUGCAAAGUCAGAAUCUGUGGCUCAGAAGCCUUGUCUAAAGGCUUCUCUAAAAAGGCAGCCAGGCUGUUACACUCAGACUUUCUGGUCCCUGCAGCCAGCAGCCAGCCCCCCUAGACUUGGAAGGACUGUACCAAGAGGACGGGGAGAUCUGACAAUAAAAUAGCUCUUCUGGACUCUGUUUAGCCCUCUGGCAAACAGCUGCUAAGUAGCGUGGUCCAGAAGCCCCCUGUCACUUAGUCCUGUCACUUCUGUACCAGAUGGGUGGAGCUGGGAGUUCCUUGGAAAGUGUAAUCUGAGUUAAAAAAAAAAAAAAAAAAGAACUCAUAAUUCCUGGGGAUACAGAAUCUGAAACCUGAGACUCUCGACUAGGGAGUCCUUUCUCAGAGGGAGGGAGAAAGAGGAAGAAAGAAAGAGAGAAAAAGGGUUAAAGAGAGUCUAAACUCCGUGGUCAGCACAAAGAGCUGAGCACAGCUUGAACCAGGACCUUCUCCUCAACUCUGUUUCAUCCCCAGUUUGAAGGAAUAUAUACUUGAAGUGAAACUGAAUAUAUUGGGUGAAGUGAAACUUCCUCACAGGAAGUUAAAUGAGCUGGUGAACUCAAUUUGAUUUUGUUGAAGCAAUUGUCUGGGAGAAGAAGCUUGCUGUCUACAUUUUCUGGAGCUGCCUUGAGGUGUCCUGAUGGUGCUUAUUGGUCAGAUUAAAUGGUCAGCCCUACUGCUGGCCAUUGUGGUCUCUUCUCUCUGCUUGGCCCUUCCCUUAGAUGAUGAGCGGGAAGUUCUUAUAAGGAAAGAAAAGAUGUUGCAAAUUGGGGGGGAGCUGUUGUUAACAGAACAAGAAGAGCUAGCUAAUGAGAAACUAAAGGCCCUCAAAAGAGUGGAGAUUAAUGAGGCAAUGAAGAAAAAUCAAUUUCCACCUAGUAUGCACUUCUUCCGGGCCAAGAAAUUCAUUGAAGAAAGUAAGGUGUUCCAUGUCUUAAAGAAGAUGCCAAAAGGAGCUGCUUUACAUCUCCAUGACUUUGGCAUCUUGAGUGUUGACUGGUUGGUGAGGAAUGUUACCUACAGACCCCAUUGCCAUCUCUGUUUCACUCCAUCUGGCAACCUGAAAUUCAGAUUUGCUGACCCUGCACCUCCAACCCCAAUGCCAGAGGACUGCUCAGAGUGGAUUCUGCUAGAGAAGUAUAGGAGGCAACUGCAAAAUGUCACAGAGUUUGACAACAGCUUGCUGCAAAACUUCACACUGGUAUUGGAGAAUCCCGAAAGAGCAUAUUCAGAUCAAGCCAUCAUUUGGACAAGGUUUGAAAACAUCUUUAUCACUAUUAGUGGGCUUGUCCAUUAUGCACCAGUAUUCAGAGAGUACUUUGCUAGAGGUCUGGAGGAGUUCUAUGAGGACAAUGUGCAGUACUUGGAGUUAAGAGCCACGCUGUACCCGGUAUAUGAAUUGAAUGGACAAGCAUAUGACCAAGAGUGGUCACUGAAGACUUAUCAAGAAGUGGCCCAGAAGUUUGCCAGAGACCAUUCUGACUUCAUUGGAGCCAGAAUCAUUUAUAGUGAUCACAGGAUGAAAGAUGUGUCUCACAUUGCUAAAUCUGUCCAGACAGCUAUGAAUCUCAAAGUCAAGUUUCCAGAGAUCAUGGCAGGAUUUGAUCUGGUGGGCCAAGAGGACAAGGGUUAUUCCUUGUGGCAGCUGAAAGAAGCUUUGCUCUUCCCAGCCACUCAAGGCUUUGACCUGCCUUACUUCUUCCAUGCUGGAGAGACAGAUUGGCAGGGCACUUCCAUAGAUGAGAACAUUCUGGAUGCGCUAUUAUUGAACACCACCAGGAUUGGCCAUGGAUUUGCUCUGGGCAGGCACCCGGUGGCCAGAAAUAUCUCUUGGAAUAGGGACAUUCCUAUAGAAGUGUGUCCCAUCUCUAACCAGGUCCUUCAAUUGGUAUCUGACCUAAGGAACCAUCCAGUGGCUUCUUUAAUGGCCAAUGGCCACCCCAUGGUGGUUAGUUCUGAUGACCCAUCUAUCUUUGGGGCCAAGGGCUUGUCUUAUGACUUCUAUGAAGUUUUCAUGGCCUUUGGAGGAAUGAAGGCUGAUUUGAGGACCCUCAAACAAUUGGCAUUGAAUUCAAUUAAGUAUAGUUCUCUGUCAGCAGACAAGAAGAAAACUACCGAAGAAGUCUGGCAGAAGAAAUGGGACAAGUUUGUGGAUGAAUUAGCCAGGGAGAUAAAGCUAUGAAGUAAUUUAGAUUUACUGAGAAUUUUCCUGAUGUCAUAGCUGCCAGAACUGAACUUUCCUGAACAAACAUCUCAAGUAUUAUCUAUGUCCUGGCUCAUAUACUGAUCUUUGGAAGAGAAAAGGAAUAAGGUGGCUCCAUUACUUUUCUGCAAGCAAAUGAAUCCGUAGGACUCUUCAAAGCCAUGGGGCAUGUGGUCCAUAGAGCCAAACAAUGACAAAUUCUUUAGAGCUUCAGGAAAGUGAAAGUUUUCCUGUGUGCCCAUCAUCUUGAAUCCUGGCUGACAGUCAACUCUUUCUCCUUCGUUUGUGCCCUUUGGGUGGUUUUGCCAAAAUUUCUUCUCUUUUUUGGCUACUAGAAGCAACAGAUAGUGGAGUAAAAAGAGCAUUGGAUUUGGAGUCAGGACAUUUGUGUUUGAAUCUGGCUCCUGAAAACGAGUUAUAUAGCUAUGGAAAAUUA